GUUAUUGAAAAAAAAUUAUUUAGUUCCAUCCACUUGAGCAAGAACACUUGAACAUUAUAGGAAAACAGUUGCUUGAAAUACUGAAAUGGAUGCCACAGAAUUUCGGAAAAGAGGAAAAGAGAUGGUGGAUUACAUUGCAGAUUACAUCGAGAAGAUAGAGGAGCGACAGGUCUAUCCUGAUGUAGAGCCAGGUUAUUUAAGAGCCCUUAUUCCAGAGUUUCCUCCUGAAACACCUGAGAGAUUUGAAGACAUCCUUAAAGAUGUUGAAAGGAUAAUUAUGCCUGGGGUGACUCAUUGGCACAGUCCUUACUUCUUUGCCUAUUUUCCUACUGCCAACUCUUUCCCAGCUCUUUUGGGUGAUAUGUUAUCUGGGGGCAUAGGGUGCAUUGGAUUUUCAUGGGCAUCAAGCCCAGCUUGCACCGAAUUGGAAACAGUCAUGCUGGAUUGGCUAGGAAAGAUGAUCAAUUUGCCUCCACAAUUUCUGGCUGAGAAGGAUGGAGAAGGAGGAGGGGUAAUCCAGGGAACUGCCAGUGAAGCUACCUUGGUUGCCAUGCUGGCAGCUCGAACCAAAGCGAUUCGUCGUAUUCAGUUAGACAAUGAAAAUUUGACUCAAGGAGAAAUCAUUAGUCGACUGGUAGCUUAUACUUCUGAUCAAGCUCAUUCAUCAGUUGAAAAGGAUGUCUUGAUUGCUGGAGUGAAAAUUAAACAAAUUACCACAGAUGAUUCAUUUUCUGUCCGUGGAUCAACUCUAAGAAAAGUUAUAGAUGAAGAUAAAGCUGCCGGUCUUAUCCCAUUCUUUUUAUGUGCAACUCUUGGAACAACAACAUGCUGCUCCUUUGACAAUCUGCUAGAACUGGGUCCUAUUUGUAAUGAGGAGAAUAUUUGGAUGCAUAUCGAUGCAGCCUAUGCUGGGAGUGCUUUCAUCUGCCCUGAAUUUCGUUACCUUCUCAAUGGAGUAGAGUAUGCAGAUUCAUUCAACUUCAACCCUCAUAAGUGGCUCCUAGUCAACUUUGAUUGUUCUACUAUGUGGGUGAAGAAGAGAUCGGAUUUAACAUGUGCCUUUAAAAUAGAUCCUGUUUACUUGAAGCAUGAUCAUGAUGAAUCUGGAUGCAUUACAGAUUACAGGCACUGGCAGAUUCCUUUAGGUAGAAGAUUCCGUUCUUUGAAAAUGUGGUUUGUGUUCCGAAUGUAUGGUGUGAGUGGAUUACAAGAAUACAUCCGCAAGUGGUCAGGCAGGAAGCAGCAAGCGUGACAUGAGGCUAAGGUAAGAUAAGGUAAGGUAAAAUAAGAUAAGGUAAGGUAAGGUAAGCUGAAAACUUUCUCAGGGGUGCCUGGUCUUCGAACACUGGCACAAACAGGAUCUGGGCCUCUGCCUCUGCCAAACCAGGCAGACCUGACAUUCUGUCCCCCUUGACAGAGAUGUUAGUCCUGCAAAGGAAAAAUAGAAGAGGGGAGGGAGAGAAACAUAUAAAGUUUCUUAAUUAGCAAACAGUUUAAUGGGUUUAUCUGGGUAUCAGUCAUGGAAAUUUAAAGCUAUUUGGAGGCCUUAAUAUGUUGGACCUUUCCCCAUUAAAAGGAUUUUUAACCCAGUGAGAACUGGGACUGUCAAAAACAUUGUAUUUCAUUGAAACCUGAAAUCCCUGCAUCCUGAAUUGCAACCAUCCUCAGACCACAUUACAAUUGAGGGAGAACAGCACUUUGGAGUCACAGGCAUUUUGGCCUCUCAUAUACACCAGGGAAAAACCCAGUAUUUGAUAGCUGAGAAAGACUUUCACCCCCUGAGAAACUGAAUGGGUCCCAAAAUAUUAAGGCCUCCAAACUGUGUAAAAAUUCCAUGACCGAUAGAUACCCAGAUAAACCCCAAUGAACUGUUUGCUAACUAAGAAAUUUUGUACGUCUCUGGCUGUAUGAUUGGGUAUGGGGUCUUCAAAGAACUUACAAAUUUCUGUCAUGAAGUGGUCAAAGUUUCUCAGUACUGGGGCGUCACCAUUGUGGAAGGUGUGGAAGGUGACUAUCCAUUCUGCUGUGAUCCGCUCCAAUGCCAAGGUCAUGCACUGCACCUUAACAUCUUUGGUGGCUAUUUCUGAUUCUAUAUCUUACAUGUUAUGUCCAAACCGGCUUCAGGAAGAAGCCCAAAUGCUUGGGGGUCUCCACUGAAUUUUACUCCCAGGGCUGCUGUCUUGCAUCCUCUCUGCUAUGCUGGUGCUGCCCUGUAGCUGGUGCAGGCUGGGCUGCGGACCAAGUGUUGGGGCAUAUGCUGCUGCUGGGAGGCUUGCGGCUGCAGCUAUCGUGGCAGCAGAGGUGGUUGCUCCAUCACUCACUGUGGCUGGAGUUGGCUGGUCAGCGGGAUGUGUCACCUGGAUUAGGGUCUCUAUACCAUGAGGUUUCCAAAAGUCCAUUCAGGAACUUUAUUGCUUGCUCCAGCAUCCAGUCCUCACUCUCGAGUUAGCCUGUACUCAAUUCUUCCUCCAAUUCCUCCAGCUCCACUCGCAUCUCUUGCUGGAGGCUACUGGCCCCCGCACAUGGGUGAAUGUCACUCCGAUGGGUUUCUCUUCCCACUCUUCCAUUUUUCCAAUCUUGAGGGGCCAUCAGAGCCACUCAGAUCCAGCCCUUCAGGAGGGGCUUUUGAGGACGCCCCUCCCCAGGCUUCGAUCUUUUCCUGGUUGCUUCCUUGAGCUGACAUUGUUUUCAUGGUCCCCAUGGACCAGGGGUUGACCACAACUGCAGAGCUAACCUAAUGUCAUACCUGCCCAAUCUGAUCCCUUAGGAAAGAAAGAUCCUCAACUACAUUUGAUUAAAGUAAAGGCUUCUUUUACUAAAGGUGUUGGCUGCAGUAAAGUCAAGCUCUGAGUUUUCCUGCACUCAAAAGAUACAGAAAGGUUUGCCCAUCCCUCUCCUGUGAGCGGUCUGUUUCCAGACAAUCGGAUCUCAUCAAAAUGCUUUGAGAACAUCAAGAUAUUUUGGGGAAUCUGCAUAUUUUCUCAGGGUACCUGGCUUUGGGAUGCUGUCAUUCCUCCUCCCUAUUUCUCAUUACAUAUACACACAGUUUUAUUGCCCUUACAUCUCCCCCACGCUUUUCUAGCCUUUGAUUGCAGGAUGGCUAUGAGGCACCAGACUGAACCAGGCAGAACUGACAGGUUGAUUGAGAACAUACAUACAUACACACAUAUGUAAAACCUUUGGUGCAUGGCAGAUAAAAGAGUAGAUGGGAAGGAUGUUCUUUCCAAUUCUGCAAUUCGUGUUUAUUUUUUGGAUGAACACCAAUUCCAUAAGAGACAUAACUUUUCUUUAUUGUUUUAGCAUGUUAGGAUAGCACAUGAAUUUAAGGACUUGGUGCUACAAGAUGAUCGAUUUGAAAUUUGUGCUGAUGUCAUACUGGGAUUGGUAUGCUUCCGAUUAAAGGUAAAUGUG